CCUAAUGCGUUGGUGGAGGCUGGUACUAGCUGUGCUGGGCGGAGAAAACCUGAGAUGCUAUGUUACUUUUUCAUUUCUCUCAAUCUCAUCUUGUGCCUUGAUGUCGCCAUUUUUUUCUGAUUCAGCUUUUCUAUCACAAACAACGGAGGGAAUCCUUAGGUUGCAUGCUUGAGCAAAACCAAGGAAGGGGAGACUAUAGCCCUUUGUUUUCUGCUUUCUGCUUUUUGGCUUUUUGUUGGUUGCCAUUUGGUUGAUUCUCCGUUUUAAUUGUUUUUGAGGUUGUGGGUAUGCGGCUUUGUUUCUUAGGAGACCUUCUCGCCAUUUAAAUUGGUGACUGUUCUCUUGCAAAUAGGGUUUUGGGGAUGGUGGUGACGGUGAUGAUGGUGGGUUUUCUGAGGUGGGUGUCUGUUGUUUCUCUUCUUGCUGUUGUGUUCUUGGAUGGCUUCAUUAUUUCUAGCUCGUACGCCGCUUUCACUCCAGUGGACAACUACCUGAUUGCAUGUGGGUCUUCCCAAAAUGUAACCGUGGAUGGCAGGGUUUAUGUGCCUGAUACACAGUCUUCUUCCCUAGUGCUUACAGACCAAGGAAGCAGCAUCGUCUCCUCUAAUUUCUUGGCCCCUUCUCCUAUCUACCAGUCUGCACGCGUCUUUCCGAGACCAACUUCGUUUCAGUUCGAAAUUCGCCAGUCCGGCCGUCAUUGGGUUCGGCUUUACUUCUACCCUGUUCCCAACUCAGAGUAUGCUCUGAAUUCAACUUUGCUUACUGUGGUUACUGAUGAUUUUGUGCUGUUGAACAAUCACUCGCUGAAGGACCAGAACCGGCCUUACCUUUUCAAGGAGUAUUUGAUUAAUGUGACAUCUGAUCAUUUAAGUAUCACCUUCGUGCCCAUGAACGGCUCCGUCUCAUUCGUCAAUGGCAUUGAAGUGGUCUCCGUCCCUGAUGAUUUGAUUGUUGAUCAGGUUCCACAGGUAGCCCUCAGUACCCCUUUUGUUGGUAUACCCACUUUAGCUCUGGAAACUGUUUACAGGCUCAAUGUGGGAGGUCCUAGAAUCGUUCCAAUGAAUGACACUCUAGGAAGAACUUGGGAGAACGAUCAAAAGUUUCUCUAUUAUAACGACUCCGCAAAAGUUGAAUCUGUGGAUCCGAGCACCAUUAGCUAUGGCGAGGUUGUCAGCCCCGAGAUCGCACCCAACUGGGUCUAUGCCACAGCAGAGAUCAUGGUGAAUGUAGAUGUUGCCAAUGUCAUCUUCAAUAUCACAUGGUCUCUCCCUGUUGAUCCAAGUUUUCUUUAUCUCAUUCGUCUCCAUUUCUGUGAUAUCAUCAGCAUGGCUUUGAAUCAGCUGGUCUUUGAUGUCUACAUCAAUUCCUAUUCUGGCAUUGCCGGUCUUGAUCUCUCCAGGCAGACGAAUGUAUUGAGACGACCAUAUUAUGCGGACUUUGUUUCUAAUGUAUCCUCUGGCUCGCCUUUCAUAAAUAUUAGCAUCGGCCCUGACACAACUAUUAUGGAUGUGAGCAAUGCCACGCUAAAUGGACUAGAAAUCAUGAAGAUGAGCAACGAUGCUCGGAGCCUGGAAGGUAGCCUCUCUGUCCGCGAUAUCUAUUCUGGUGCAGAGAAGACAAAGAAGAAGUUAACAGUCAUUGUCGCCGUCGUUCUCGGUAUCGUGGCUGCAGUUCUGUUGGUAGUUCUGUACUACUGCUGCUUUGCUGGACCUAGAUCGAAGAGACUCCGUCGUGCUCAUUCAUGGCUACCAUUGCCAUUAUAUGGUAAUUCUCACACAAUAAGCAAAGUUUCGACCAUCUCCCAGAAAAGUGGAACUGCAAGCUGCAUAUCAAUGGCAAAUUCCAAUUUGGGACGUACCUUCACCUUUCAGGAGAUAAUGGAGGCGACCAACAAGUUUGACGAUGCUCUACUUCUUGGUGUUGGUGGCUUUGGAAAAGUUUACAAGGGAACACUAGACGAUGCCACUAAUGUGGCUGUCAAGAGAGGAAAUCCAAGAUCAGAGCAAGGUCUUACUGAAUUUCAGACCGAAAUUCAGAUGUUGUCCAAGCUUCGACAUCGACAUCUAGUUUCCCUGAUUGGCUACUGUGAUGAGCGGUCAGAGAUGAUCCUGGUUUAUGAAUAUAUGGCGAACGGACCGCUUAGAAGUCACCUGUAUGGAUCAGAUUUUCCACCUUUGAUGUGGAAACAGAGACUUGAAAUUUGUAUUGGAGCUGCUAGAGGUCUGCAUUACCUUCACACGGGAGCAACUCAGAGCAUAAUCCACCGAGAUGUCAAAACCACCAAUAUCUUGUUGGAUGAGAAUUUCGUUGCAAAAGUUGCUGAUUUUGGUCUUUCUAAGACAGGCCCUGCACUGGACCAGACUCACGUUAGUACUGCUGUUAAAGGUAGCUUCGGUUAUCUUGAUCCUGAGUACUUCAGAAGACAGCAACUGACCGAAAAGUCCGACGUUUACUCAUUUGGGGUUGUCUUAAUGGAGGUUCUGUGUUCAAGACCAGCAUUGAACCCAGUUCUCCCAAGGGAGCAAGUGAGCAUAGCAGAAUGGGCAAUGAUGUGGCAGAAGAAGGGCUUGCUUAGCCACAUAAUGGAUCCCUAUUUAAGUGGGAAGGUGAAUCCAGCAUCGCUCAAGAAAUUUGGUGAGACGGCAGAGAAGUGUUUGGCCGAGCAAGGGGUCGAUAGGCCAACGAUGGGAGAUGUACUGUGGAAUCUUGAAUAUGCACUUCAGCUUCAGGAGACCUCCUCACUUAAUGAUCCGGAUGAUAACAGCACAAAUCAUAUUGCUGAUAUUUCAGUUCCUCAUGUCCACCCAUUUGAUAACAGCAUGAGCAUGAUUAAUGGAGCACAUUCUGUGACUGAUGAUGAUGCAGAAGAUCUUACAACGAGUGCUGUGUUUUCACAGUUGGUUAAUCCAAGAGGAAGAUGAGAAAGCCUUCUGUUCCUAGAAAAUGCAGAUUGGCCACCUCUACAUUUCCGGAAAUACGUGAUUAAAUAGAAAGGAUAAAGGACAAUUCAUAGAGGGCAAUUCACAAUUUUCUGUUCGUGUUACUUUUUUUACUUUUCUGCAAUCUUCGUGCCAAGUGAUUUACUCUAUUCUCCACUACAAUAGUUCGAAGAACCUGAUUCACCUUGUACCAUAUUUGUAUCUUUGAAGAGGGACCUAUGCUAAAUUUUAGGUAUGCCUGAAGCUGCCUUUUUGGAUACAAUGCUCUGUUGAGGAACAUAAGUUUUGACAUUCAAAUGAUGGUCGUAAGCUGUUACCGGGAUCGUAAUGACUGUCAUGUUGAUCGUUGUAAUCAUGUAAUUUAUGUGUUGGUCAUGUUUUUCCAAAGCAUUUAUCUGAAAGAUGUUUGAGCAAAGGGAACAAUAGCCUGAACAUGCACUUGAGAAAUAGUUGAGAUCUCUCUCUCGAUAAAAACUUCAAGCAUAUCUACGCCUUCUAUAUGGUGCAUUUUCAUAUUUAUAUGUUUGAUCACAGAAGUUCUUCCCAAAUAUAUGUGGUUCUGUUUACUGAAAUUUAGACUCUAGAAUCUAGCUGGCCACUCCCUGGUAGAGUCUGAUCUCAGACGGCUGUAGUAAAAAUUUUGUCUUAUCAUCUCAGCACAAGUCUAGUCUCAGAUCAACCAGCAGAAAAUUCAGUUUGAGACUCAGUUUUUUUACAAUUGUGCUCCUCUUCAUUACUAGAGCGAUACUUGAAUGUCUGAUAACCAUCCAAGGCAUCUAAAGUCCAGUGCCUUUUUGUGGAGCUGAAGGCAUGCAUCUGACGCCCACCAUUCACGAAUCACAAAUGAAACAUGAAUCGCAGAUCUAGUUUUCCUGAAGGCAUGCAUCUGACGCCCACCAUUCACGAAUCACAAAUGAAACAUGAAUCGCAGAUCUAGUUUUCCUGAAGAGGUCAGAAAUUCAGUGUCUUAUAACCUCUGACAACCAGGUUCAAAUAUCCAAUUAAAGACAAAUUGCAGCUUUUACGUGCACACCGGCACACUUAUCUGUGUAGGUUCUGCUUGGACUGAACAAAAUAUACAUACAGCUGUAGAUGACGAUUUUUAGCAUGUGCCAAGUUGGUUAGAAUGAUGCAAAGAACAAAAAUAAACCAAAAAAGAAAAACCUUUCAGCCAAAUGGAUGACGAUAGAAAGAGCAACAGGGACAUAACGAAAUCAGAGAUCAUACAGUCCGCAAGAAAACGGUCGCCCCUUGUCUGUAAGAAAAAGAAUGCAGAAGAAUCGUAAGCAUCAUGUGGGGCUCAACCUGGUUUCACUGAAUCUGUAGAUUUGAACAGUUUAGCCUCGAAUUCAAUGCAUCCCAUACUCUGCAGGGACCCGCAUCACGGUUCAAGAAUAAAUCCUGCCAUCUGAUUGCCGGAAACUACACAUGAAUUUGAUAGUGAUGCGGCUGGAAAGUCUUAACAAAAAGACAGCUGGAUGAGAGCUUCAAGGCCAAGAGGAUCACUACAACUCAAAACAGCAUACUGAACUUGGUAGUGACGGAGCUGGAAUGUUUUUACAGAAAACAGCUGGAUGAGUAUCAUUUUCAGAGCUUCAAGAUCGAUAGGAUAACUGCACAUUGUAACAUUGACUGAAAAUCAUGUCCGAGAGUAGUUCAGUUGCCAGGUCUGAUAUCUAAAAGCUUGUCCAUUCUUGAAGUUCUAAUUCUUCUCACUUUCGGUGGAUAUUUUCGUCCGUUGGGCAGUAGCGCACAUCCCAAAUUGCAACCAAUGGCCAGAUGACUCUCUGGACACACUUUGUGGCAUUUAUUGCCGCAAACUGCUGGGACCUACAAAAUGUUUAAAAUCAGGUUGAAUGAACACAUGCAUGGAAAGACCGACGAUCUACAAUAGAUUUACAAGAUGAAUUUUUUUGCCUGCCUGUGUCUUCUUUCUGAUCGCAAGAUGUUGACAGACUCUCACAUGGUUGCAUUAAUUUAGUAGAACCGGAAUCAUCUUAUUUGAUGUGUCAAAUAUCACGGCUAAGGAAUUCAUUGAAUUUGUUUCUCCACUGCAUGUCAUAAAGUUUUACUUGAUGAACUAGUUAUUUCUUACCGGUGGCCACCAAAUAAAUCCCCAUCAUGAUCUUAAGAUUAAGAUCUGAAUAAGACGAUCUUUCUGAUAAAGCGCAGGUGGCCAUGCGUGCUCUGUUGCAUCCAAGUUCUGUAGACUAUUUGUUCGAAAUUACUGGCCCAUCUGUAGACUAUUUCUUUGCCAUUUCAAAGCACCGCUGCAACACCAAAGUCUUUUCAAGUCAUCUACUGAUCUUAACUGUUUAAUUACUCGAAAAACACAUAUAGUCCUGAAAAAUGGUCAAUGUACUACAUGUUUUUGGUUAAGUAAACUGUGUAGUCUAACAUCGGCAUGUUUGGGCUAAAAUGCAUACAGUAAGUAAAGACAUGUCAGUAAGUCUAGUUGAGCAAAAAACACAGGCAACUAGGACUCUUGACGGCACAAUCAAAUUAAUGAGAAAACAACACACAUACAGAGACACCACCAAAACCAUCAAUUCUAUUUACUUAGUCGUAUAAUACAAUAUAUCCACGUCGACGCCCAUAUCAGUAUUCAAUUUAACAGAUUAACAUUCGCUACAACAAUUUACAGAGAUAAGAACAAAGAAGGUCCUUUUAUCAUACCAAACAUUAGAAAAACGUCCACCAAACUCAAGUACCCAAAACUAGAACCAGAUUUCCACUUGGGU